AUGGCUUUUAAUUUCGGUGGCAGUUCAGGCAACCAGAACACAGGAUUCGGCGGCUUUGGCUCAUCCAAUACAGCUGCAGGUGGUAGCAGUGGAGGCUUUGGCGGUUUUGGUGCAGCAUCACAAGGCGCGUCAUCGACAGCUGCUCCUGCAACGGGUGGUUUAUUUGGCAGUGCACAAGGAACAACAACAACGGGUGGAUUUGGUUCUCCAGCACCAGCCGCAGGAGCUAACAAACCAGCAGCUGGUGGAUUCGGUGGAUUCGGUGGUGGCAACACAACAGGUGGAUUUGGUGGAUUUGGUACAUCGCAAACCCCAGCAGCUUCUACAGCAGCACCCGCUGCCGGUGGGUCUUUGUUUGGUGGUGGUGCAGCUACUACAACGACUCCUGCUAGUACUGGAUUUUCUCUUGGUGGUGGUGCAUCUACUACGGCUCCUGCUACUGGUGGUGGUGGGUUUUCAUUUGGAUCAUCGACAAGCACUGCUGCUCCUGCUACUUCGACUGCAGCAUCAUCGACUCCUUCCUUUGGUGGAUUUGGUACAUCUACAUCUACAGCAGCUCCUUCCAGUACGGGUGCCGCCCCAUUAUUCUCGACUACUUCAACAACACCAUCUACAUCUACUACAGGUGGUUUUGGCGGUUUUGGUGCUCCUGCUGCUGGUGCUGCUGCUUCUUCUACAACAGCAGCCAAGCCUGCAACAGGUGGUUUCGGUUUCACUAUGCCUUCUGCUAGCAACACAACAUCAACUCCUUCUACAGCCACUACUUCUGCUGCCGCAACUACUACAUCAGCUCCCAGCUUCAGUUUUACCGGCUUUGGCAACACAUCAACCCCAGCAUCAUCAGGUGCCGCAGCAUCAUCGACUGCUACCGGUGCACCUGGUUUAAGUACCACCACAUCCACUACAGCAGCACCUACAUUGACUACACAACCUACCAUGUCUGGAAGCAGCACUGCAGUGGCUGGCGGAUCAUCUACUACUACUUCUGCUGCUACUACCACAAAGCCUGCUACUGUACCUACGCCUUCCUCCUUGAAGAAUAAGACCAUGGAAGAUAUUCUCAACAUGUGGACCAAGGAUCUUGAAAAACACACUCGUGAAUUCCAUAAGCAAGCUGCUCAAGUGUCUGAAUGGGAUAAGCAAUUGAUGGAUAAUGGACAAAAGAUCUCCAAGUUGCAUGAGGAGGUGACCCAAGUGGAACUUUUGCAAAAAGAAGUGGAUCAAAAUCUCGAGUACAUUAAUGCACAACAAGAAGAGCUCAACCAAAUCCUCGAUGGCUAUGAAAAGCAAAUCCGUGAUGUCUUUGAUGGCAGUGCAGUACAGCAACCUUUGCAAUUGGUGGAUGUGCAACGUGAAAAAGCCUAUGGUCUUGCAGAGACUCUGAAUGCACAAUUGGAUGACGUGUCACGCAACUUGACAGUGAUGGUGGAUGAAAUCAACAACAUGAAUGGUCCUCAAGGUGUGGAAGGCGGUGAUGGUGAUGAUACGGUGGGUCAAAUCGUCAAGAUUCUCAACUCGCACUUGUCCUCCCUUCAAUGGAUCGAUUCGGCUUCCGUCACUUUACACAACAAGUUGCAAGAAGUGACUCAAUUGCAAGAACAAGCUGUCCGGAACCAAGAACCCUUGUUGCGACGACAUUAA